GAAAAGGUAUCUAUCUAUCUGGAUCCCAUUGCCCACUCGGAAUCAAUAGUUUCCCAGAACGCUUUGCUUCCACAUCGGCGGAAUGGUCAAAGCAGGCAAUAGGACCUUGAAAUACUUCCGACCCAUAUCGGUUAAAUAUGGGAUGCCACGCAACGGCUACGAAAGUGGAGCCCCCUCUGUCGAUCAGACAAAUGGGCACUAUGAUGAGAUCAAACCCACCUACGCCCUGGAGCACCUGGCCACUUUCAAGCUGAAGAACGAGGCCGAGAUCAAGCAGCCGAAGGAGAAGAUGAAGCUGCUGAUCGAACUGGACAAAACGGGGGGCAUUUGGCCGCACAAGAUGUUCAUGAGCUUCAACGGUCAGUGGCUGGUGAUGCUGGACAGCGAGAUGAAGGAGAUCGAGAAUUUCCCGGGCAGUUUGAUCACGGAGCCAACGGCUUUCAUCAGCGAGCAUCCGCAGGAGGCCUACAACAACAUCCUGGUCUUCUCGGUGCCGGGAAUCUCACUUGGUAACACCGAGAUGCACAUCUUCCAGGUGGCCGAUGUCAGUUCAGUGCAUUUGGUAGAGGAUUUGAAGACGCUGAGCAAGGGCACCCCUGUAACAGUGGAUCGCAACAAGACGCCCAUUCCGCUGCCCAAACCCGAAAGACCUCAAAAUCAGCAGGCCAAGGAUCAGUAUGGAAUAGCUGCUGCUGUGGCCGGCAUCGCAGCGGAAAAGAACGCCCAGGACAAGGAGCAGACCGAGAGGGAUGUGCAGGUGAUCAACCACUGCUUCGAAGACAUCGAGAGGUUCAUGGCCAGACUUCAUUAUGCCGCCGAGGCCCUCAACGAGCUGAAGCUGCGCAAGGAGCAGCACAAUCCCCAUGGUGAGGGCCUCCUGGUCCUGAGAUCACGACCACCGAUCGAGAGCGAGUUCCACGACAUUCUUGCCAAGGUGAAGCUGGCGCUGAUAUACUCCGUUCGGCUGCAGAACCACUUCACCAAGUCCACCGACCCAGUGCACAAUGUCUUCAUCUCGCUGCGAACCAUCGUCACCGUCUGCAAUGACAUCUACGUGGACGCGGGUCUGCCGGAGUCGGUGGUCAAUCCCCUUCUGCGCCGUGAGACGAUCGCCUUCCUCAACGGAACCCUCGAUUCCAACGAGAAGCAGCUGUGGCAGAGCCUCGGUCCCAACUGGACGGUGCCCAAGGACCAGUUCAAGGAUCACAAGAGCUCGUAUCAUCCGAUUUUUUAUGACGACUGGUCCCCCGACUGGGUGGUGGACGAGGAGGUGCAGUACCUGGCGCCUGCCCUCAAGAAGACCGCCACGCCAUCGCCAGUCCUAGUGCCCGUGCCCCCGAGCCCGGGUCUCGGAAAUCGCACCUGGCUGAGUCGCCUGGAGAGCCGCAACGUCAAGAUCGCCGAGGUGACCUACAACAAGUCGGCCACCAACGACAAGGAACUCAAGGUCACCAAGGGGGAGUAUUUGGAGAUUAUUGAUGACUCCCGCAACUGGUGGAAGGCCCGCAACUCGUACGGAAACAUUGGCUACGUGCCGCACACCGUGCUCACGCCGUACAACUUUGAGCCCGGCGCAAAUGGAAGGGACACGGAGUCCCUGGCAUCGAUGGCUCUGACCGAUAAUGGCGGCGAGGAGGCCAACCCCCCACUGUACCGCAACACAAUGGCCAUGUACACCGCCCCCGUGGAGCCGGUGACCAAUGGAAAGGCCAUGCCGCGAUCCUACUCCAUGCCCAAUGUGCCCGUUCCACCGCCGAUGCCGCCCCCAAGCGACAGCCAGCCGCCCACGCCCAGCGGCACCCUCAAGCGCAACAUGGCGGCGGCAGGAGCACUGGCAGCCAUGCGCGCCCGCAAUGAUUGCGAAGCCGAUGACCAGGCCUACUACAUGCAGGACGACGUGAACGACGAGCUGCGUGUUUUGUUGCAGCAGCGGGAGCGACGCAAGGACCUGGAGAUCCUGAAGACGCCGGAGAUCUUCAUCACGCAGAACUCGAAGCCCCGCGAGGUGGAGGAGUGGCUGCGGGGCAAGGGGUUCUCGGACAUCAUAAUCAAGCGCUUGCACACGCUCACCGGCGAGGAGAUCUUCGCCCUGUCGCCGCACACCAUCGAAAGCUAUUUUGGCCAGCGGGAAAGCCGCCGCCUCAUCUCCCAGAUCGUGCUGCAAAAGAACUUCUGCGAGUACAAAACCAUUCGGUCAUCGGAGCUUUCUGCCAAAUUGGCUCGUGCUCGUCAAAAGGCCGAUCAGUCAAAUGGCAAUCCCAACGAGGUCUUCUAAGACUCCCAAUUCCCCGAUUUGAACAGCUGGAGACCGGAGUCACACUAAAGCCUUAGAUGCGCCAAGUUUAUUUAUUUAUGUGUAAUAUUCUUCAUUUAUGUUAAACAGUGUUCAUACGUAUACAUUAAAAAACGAGACAAAAAGUUUGA